AUGGGUGACUAUACACCAGAAGUGACAGCAGCUUCAGUGCCUAUCCCAUCCGAGAAGCAGAUCGACUCAACUGGCAUCAAACCAUCCAGUGGAGUCCUUUACCACCAGCUGCGAAAUGAGCCCUUGAACAUUGUCGGUGGUCGAGGCAGCUACCUGAUAACCGAGGAUGGUCUGGAAAUUCUGGAUGCCACAUGCGGUGCAGCUGUAUCCUGUCUAGGUCACAGCGACGAGCGUGUCCACGAAGCCAUCUUGGACCAGCUGAAGAAAAUCCCCUACUGCUAUUCCAUGUUUUUCACCAACAGCGCUGCGGAGAGUUUGGCAAAACUUCUGGUAGACUCAACCGGUGGCAAGAUGUCUCGUGCCUACAUUGUGAGCUCGGGUACCGAAGCUGUCGAGGCUGCUGUGAAGAUGGCCAUUCAGUAUUUCACAGAGUUGCCCGUCCCUGAGCCCCAGCGGGUAAACAUCAUUUCUCGAAAGUCGUCCUACCACGGAAAUACCCUCGGGUCACUUGCUGUUGGACACCACGCCUCGAGGCGGAAGAUCUAUGAAAGCCUUCUUUCGAAGAAUAUUCACCACGUGCCACAAUGCUAUCCCUACCGCAGAAUGAAUGCCAACGAAAGCACCGAAGACUAUGUCGCAAGACUAGCCCAAGAACUAGAGGACGAAUUCCAAAGACUUGGCCCCAAUACUGUCUGUGCAUUCGUAGCGGAGACAAUGCCAGGUGCUACUCUUGGAUGUGUCCCCCCCUUACCCGGCUACCUCAAAGCACUAAAAGCCGUCUGCGAGCGACACGGGGCGCUCUUCAUCCUAGACGAAGUAAUGUCCGGCAUGGGCCGCACCGGAACCCUCCAUGCCUGGGAGCAAGAAGACGUCGUUCCUGAUCUCCAGACAAUCGCCAAGGGACUCGGCGCCGGCUAUGCCCCGAUUGCCGGGUUGCUCAUCAACAAGCACGUGGUUGAUACUCUAAACAAGGGCACCGGCGCUUUUGUCCACAGCCAGACAUACCAGGGACACCCGGUUGCCUGUGCGGCUGCAUAUAAAGUGCAGCAGAUUAUACAAGAGGACAAUCUGCUGCCGAAUGUGCGGGCGAUGGGAGAAUAUUUGGGUCAGCGUCUUCACGAGUGUUUGGAUAGUCACCCUCAUGUUGGUGAUAUUCGAGGCAGGGGAUUAUUCUGGGCUAUGGAAUUUGUUCAGGAUAAAGAGACGAAAGAGCCCUAUCCGCCGUCAAAGGCGCUUUCUCGGACUCUGCACGCGACAGGCCUCAAGCCUGGACAUGCGAUUUCGUUGAUGCCCGGAAAUGGUGGUAUCGAUGGUGCUAAUGGUGAUCAUAUUAUUCUGGCACCGCCUUAUAAUACUACCCGUGAAGAGAUUGAUUUGAUAGUCGACCGAACUGUUCAGGUGAUCCAGGAGGUUCUGGGAUAG